GAGGCUGCGUGUUUCCGGAAGACGUGGCGGCUCUCCCCUGGGUUGUUUCCCGGCUUCUCUUCUCCCGACUUUGCUUCACCCCCUGGGCGCCCGGAGGUCCGGUAGCCGCUGCCCUCACUGCCACAGCCAUGAUCUCCUUAACAGACACCCAGAAAAUUGGAAUGGGAUUAACAGGAUUUGGAGUGUUUUUCCUGUUCUUUGGAAUGAUUCUCUUUUUUGACAAAGCUCUACUGGCUAUUGGAAAUGUUUUAUUUGUAGCUGGCUUGGCUUUUGUCAUUGGUUUAGAAAGAACAUUCAGAUUCUUCUUCCAAAAACAUAAAAUGAAAGCUACAGGAUUUUUCCUGGGUGGAGUAUUUGUAGUCCUUAUUGGUUGGCCUUUGAUAGGCAUGAUCUUUGAAAUCUAUGGAUUCUUUCUCUUGUUCAGGGGCUUUUUUCCUGUGGUCAUUGGCUUUAUUAGAAGAGUGCCAGUCCUUGGAUCCCUCUUGAAUUUACCUGGAAUUAGAUCAUUUGUAGAUAAAGUUGGAGAAAGCAACAAUAUGGUAUAACAACAAGUGAAUUGAAGACUCAUUUAAAAUAUUGUAUUAUUUAUAAAAUCCUUUGAAGAAUAUUCAGCACAAAAUUAAAUUACAUGAAAUAGCUUGUAAUGUUCUUUACAGAAGUUUAAAACGUGUAGUCUACAGAGUACCAAUAGCAGUUAACAAAGAGGCCAUGAGAACAGGCUUCUAAUCAAGUGAGCUAAGAAGUCAACAAGCAAACUAAAGGAGAUGAAUCUAUGUUACAAUACUUAUUGAAACUCUUGAAGGCGAUUUUUAUUGUUUAUCCACAAUAUGCGAAACACAGCCAUCCUUGGAGAACUCUGGGGCCUGUUUCUUUUCUUCUUCUUUUGAAGGUGCAGAAGAACCCAUAGGCUGGCGUGGCAAAAGUAUUUCCAGUUGCACUGUGUGUCUGAAAGUGAUGCAUGAGUUAGAUUGGAUUAUGUCAUUUAAUGUAUUAAAACUAAGGAAAAUCCAGUUUUGAUGUAUUAAUCACUUUUUUUUGUAAACAUAUGGUUAAAAUAAAACAUUUGUGGUACUUCUGAUUCUUAAUAUUUUAAAGCCAGAUGAAAAUCUGAACUAGAUAUUCAUUGACAGAAUAUGCAAAGGUCAUUCUUUAUAACUAAAAACUCCAGAACUACUCAUACUUCUUGAGAGUCUGACCUAAUUAUCUGUAUCCUUCAUUACAUGUAAGCAUCUAACAAAAACCAUUAAGUAGUCUGUUACAUACCUUUUUUCAUUGAAUAGUCUUUUAUUUAAGAUACCAAAUGAUGCAAGCCAAAUGGAUUUUUCUGUCAUGGUGUAGUUUUUCUUUUUUGUGUUUUGUUGUUUUUUGUUUU